AUGGCUCUGCGGCAAGAAGAGCGCAAGGAAGCUGCUAAAGACGCUUUGGCGGAGGCCAUGACGAAACCAGAGAUCGGCACGCUCGAGCUGGCGUUGCAGGAGGCCCUCCAAGCCGGCCUACCGGAAGCCGACUGCUUGCCGGCACAGGCAGCCCUUGAAGAUGCGAAGCAUCUCGCCGAGGUGCGGGGAGCACUGGACUUGGCCAUGCGGUCACGCGAUGCCAGGAGGCUCUCCGAGGCUUUGCUGGCUGCGGAGCAGUGUGGCCUCGCACCAGAGGAGCUGGCGGCGGGCGAGGCGGUUCUCAAAGAGGCCCGGCUUCGUGAAUCCCGCGCUGCACUGCAGAAAGCCGUGGCCACGCAGGAUGUGUCCACGCUCUUCCACGCCGUGGCGGAGGGCGAAGCUGCUGGGCUCGACCCGGAGGACCUGGACUCCGCCAAGGCAGCGCUGCAGGAAAAGGUGCGGAAAGCCACGGAGGACGGCGAGGAGCUCCUCUUGGGAUCUCGUGCCGCCCUUCUCCCGCCGGCUGGGGAUCUCGCCUUCGAGGUGGCCCGGCAGUCGCUGAGUGCAAAGGGCUUCGGCGGCUUCGACUGGAAGGUGCGCGAACACCUGGCUUUUGGCACCGUAGCCGUCGGCCAGGCCGAACAUGGCGAUACACGCAGAGACUUGAUGGACUUGGCGGCUUCGUUCGGAUGCAAGUUCGUUCAUCACAAGAAGGUUCUGGGCUUCAAGAGUUGGCUGGAAGGCAGAAAAGGGAGCAUGCUGGUCAUCGCAGACUGGCGAGAAGCAAAGCCUGCGAUUGAAGAGCUCAACAAGCGCCACGUUAGAGCACCUGCGAACAUCUCUCAGCUCACAAAGACGGUAGCGGUGACCCUCAUGGCCAUGCUCGCUGCAGUCCUCCAGGGCCGUGGAUGCAACACGAGCGACCUUGCCAGCUGCACCAGCAGCACAUCUGGCUGUGACGGAGUGACCACCUACAUGAACUGCGUGAAAGAUGCUGGCUGCUGCGACUACGAAACCGGCGGGGUUAAGGUCAAGGACGGCUUCCAAGCGAUGGUGGAUCUUGUGAACCUCUUACCAGGAAAUGACUGCACCUUGAACAGCCCUUGCUAA